CAGAUGACUUAUCACUGCUUGAUGUUUGCAUUCCUGAUUGUUUCGCGUGGACAUGGAGCAUCCCUGGAACUAGCUUUCGGCAAUUCAACUGUAGCUGCAGUUUGACAUCAAAUUAAUUACGGCACCUAUCUAGCGACUUUUAGGCCGCUAGAUUAUGGGAUUUUUCCGAUAGUAAACGUGGCUUAAAUUCGAAAUUGUGGAUCGCGGUCUUUCUAAAGUUUCUGCUCUAAUUGCGAAGACGGGUUGUGAUUCUAGGGCAACUGAAAAGAGCAUCGUUUGUCUUCUAGAAGAUUUGCCGAUCUCUGAGAAAGUGGCCUAAGAUGUUUGAUGAAGUAGCAUCAAAGGUUGAUAAAUGAAAGGAUGCACUGCGUCUCCAGACUUCCCUGUCCUUGUUUGCCUCCCCAGAUCAGCAUCCGGCAUCCCACGUGGAUUCCGGAUGUUCUGGACUGGACUGGUUGUUCAAAUGUCGAUAUAUAACCGGUCAGCCGCUAUUUUAAAAGACAGAACCUGUGCCUCACGGUCGGAGUCCUGAGCCAUUUCCACACUCUUUUACACAACUCUUCCGCUUUUACAAUGAAGCCCAUAGCGCCUUUAGUUGCAUUGUCUCUCGCGCAUCAAUUCGUGCACGCCGCUCCUUUUCAAGGUCAGGUUUGCGCUCAGGCAGAUGAGCUGCUCGAGAGCUAUGACUACGUUAUUGUUGGAGCAGGUGCAUCUGGGCUUACAGUUGCAAACCGCCUGUCCGAAAACCCCAGCGUCACAGUCCUGGUGAUUGAGGCUGGAGAUUUUGAUGCCAAUGAGAAUUUUAUAACCAUCCCUGGUCUCGCAGGUGGUGCAGUUGGUACAAAGUACGACUGGAAUCUGACGUACGCUCCAACCCAGACUGUUGGGAAUCGAUCAAUCCCGAUUCCAUUGGGUAAAGUUGUUGGUGGAUCAACAAAGCUCAAUCGCAUGGUCUUUGAUCGUGGCUCCAAAUGUGAUUAUGAUCGCUGGGAGGCGUUGGGAAAUAAAGGAUGGGGAUUUGAUGGUUUGCUACCGUAUUUCAAAAAGAAUGAGCAAUCCACACCACCUUCUAAAUCCAUUGCUGCAGAAUGGAACAUCACCUACGACCCGUCUGCACAUGGACAAAGUGGCAAUGUGAAAGCCAGCUACUCUCCCUUCAUAUUUCCUACCACAAGAAAUAUCGUCGAAGCUACCAAGGAACUGAACAUUCCGAUCGCACUGGAUCAAGCAAAUGGUGGGGCAAUUGGAGGAUACUGGUGUCCGCAUAAUCAAGAUCCGGUUACUAUUACCCGAUCAUCUGCUGAAGAGGCCUAUUGGGACACUGCCAGCUCGCGAAAGAACCUACAUUUGAUGUCCGGAACCAGUGCUACUCGGCUCGUGACCAAAAAAGCGCAGGAUGUAUCAGUAACUGGAGUAGAGAUCGCAAGCAACUCAUCGAGUCCACGACGGGUAAUCGGAGUCAAGAAAGAGGCUGUCUUGGCAGCUGGAGCUAUCCACACCCCACAGCUGCUUCAAGUCUCUGGAAUUGGAUCAGCUUCACAUCUGUCGUCACUCCAAAUUCCCACCGUUGUCGAUCUCCCAGGCGUUGGUCAGAACUUUCACGAUCAUGUCUUUCUGCUUGUGUUGAAUAGUAUCAACGCCUCGACCGAUCCGAAUCUCUCAGACCCAGCAGUUGCUGCUCAAGCUCUAGCACAAUACAAGACGAACAAAACGGGCCCUUAUACCUCGCCCACCGGCGACUUCCUUCAUUUCCUGCCUCUUCCAAUGUUUUCGAAUCGAUCUGCAGAAUUGCAGUCUCGGGCGGCUGCUCAGAGUGCUACUCUCUCUCCGGAUACUCCGGCUUGUGUAGCCGCCGGUUAUGCUCGAGAGCAUGCCGUGUUGACACAACGUUUGACAAGUUGUGCUUCGCUUGAGAUUAUCUGGAAUAAUGGUGUCUUUGUCCUUGGACUAGAAAGCCCAUUCUCGCGUGGGAGAGUUCUGGCUUCUUCGGCGGAUAUUUUCACUGCACCGAUAGCAGAUCCUGGAUUUUUGAGCAAUCCGCUUGAUGUGGAAAUUCUGAAGGAUGGGGUGGAGUUUGCGCGUCGACUUGCACGUACCAAGGCAAUGAAAGGCUUCUCACUGGCGGAGAUUCUGCCUGGGAGUCAAGACGUCGAGACAUAUAUCCGGAGUUCUGCAACUACUUUGUUUCAUCCUGCUGGGACAUGUAAGCUUGGUAAGAGAGAGGAAGGUGGAGUUGUAGAUCAAAACUUGAAGGUGUAUGGAGUGAAGAAUCUGAGGGUGGUAGAUGCGAGUAUGAUGCCGAUUCUACCAGCAGCUCAUACGAUGACGACGGUCUAUGCAGUGGCAGAGAAGGCCGCGGACCUCAUGAAGCGAUGA